ACAAUGUCAGGAAGUAACAAGCCGUCAGUGUCGUCAACAUUCUGGAGGGGAGUUAGUAUUCUUCCUUAUUUCUCGUUGAACAUUUCUCCGUGUCGUCACUUAUGCUGUUUACAGAAUCUGAACUGUUUUACCUGUGCAGUAUAAGUCGGUGUAUCACGUCCGAUUAGACAGUAAUGCAGGUGGGCGGCUUGUAUUAGUAUCUGAAGCACUGGAAGUUUUGUAAGGAAAACAGGGCAGGAUUCUGUUCCAUGUUGGAAAUGACUCCGCUCUGGAACACAACGAGGGUGUUCUGAAACAGAUCCUUAUCAUGCUGUACUGUGCAGUGUGGUGUGCUGAUGCAUGUCUGUGUGUUUAAAGAAUGAAUGUCAUGAACGGCAAGGCGACCAGCUGCCAGGAUGAAAUGGUCUACACUUUGCAAAUUUACCCCAGGUUUGCCAUCAAAGCUGGGCAAAGCUGCAUCCUCAGCGUCCCAAAAGUGGCGACGGCAGCUAGUGUCAUCAAGACCGCUCUCGCCACACUCGGCUUGGACGCGUCCAAGUCUUACGUCCUCGUGGAGGUUCAGGAGUCUGGCGGAGAGGAGUGGGUCCUCCAAGCCAGCGAUCAGCCUGUUCAGAGAGUUCUUCUCUGGCCUAGGAAGGCCCAAGACAAACACCCUCAAAGUGAUGGAUACUUUUUUGCCCUUCAAGAGGGAAGCUAUGAUGGCUCCAUCCAGUAUGAUAUUAUGGCAUCCGUCCGACAAGAGAAAGUGGCUCAGGGACUUGUGAAUCGAGGGUUUGUCACGCGACAGCCUCAGGAAUACGACGAUUUAUGUAACCUCCCCGAGCUGACGGAGGAGAGCAUCUUGGGAACCCUACGCCAUCGCUUCCACAAGCAGAAGAUCUACACGUUUGCGAGGAACAUUCUCAUCGCCGUCAACCCCUUCAAGUUUCUCCCCAUCUACAACCCCAGAUAUGUCAAGAUGUACGAGAACCACACUCUGGGCAAGCUCGAACCUCACGUCUUUGCCAUUGCGGACACUGCCUUCCACACGAUGCUAAACAAACGGGUCAACCAGUGCAUCGUCAUUUCCGGCGAGAGCGGUUCUGGUAAGACGCAAAGCACCAACUUUCUUAUCCACUGCCUGACUGCCCUCAGCCAGAAGGGCUAUACUAGUGGAGUGGAGCGAACCAUCCUGGGGGCAGGCCCUGUGCUUGAGGCCUUUGGAAAUGCUAAAACGGCAUACAACAACAACUCGAGCCGCUUCGGGAAGUUCAUUCAAGUGAAUUAUUUGGAAAGCGGCGUCGUGAGAGGUGCUGUUGUUGAGAAAUACUUACUAGAGAAAUGCCGCCUAGUGUCCAGAGGGAAAACUGAAAGGAAUUACCAUGUUUUUUACUACCUUUUGAUUGGGGCCUCAGAAGAAGAGAAAGAUGAAUUCAAGCUCCUGCUUCCUGAAGACUACCACUACCUCAAAGAAGAAAUCCCAAUUUCGGAGGAUCAAGCAGAAAUGAAACAUGAAUUCAGGAGACUUCAUCAGGCCAUGGAGAUGGUCGGUUUUCUGCCUCCAACCAAAAAGCAGAUAUUCUCUGUACUCUCUGCCAUUCUGUAUCUGGGAAAUGUGACGUAUAAGCCAAAAGAUGCUGGCGAGGGGCUUGAAGUUGGGCCAGAUCAUGUCCUUUCUGCUAUCUCUGACCUUCUCAAGGUUAAAGUGGAGCUGCUUGUGGAAGCAUUGACUACAAGGAAAGCAAUGACUGCUAAUGACAGGCUGAUCCUACCUUAUAGCCUCAAUGAGGCCAUCACUGCUCGAGACUCUAUGGCCAAGUCUUUGUACAGUGCCCUUUUCGAUUGGAUUGUCUUGCGAAUCAACCAUGCUCUACUCAACAAGAGAGACUUGGAAGAGUCUGUCCCGUGCUUAUCUAUUGGCGUCCUGGACAUUUUUGGAUUUGAAGAUUUCAAGACGAACAGCUUCGAACAGUUCUGCAUUAAUUAUGCCAAUGAACAACUACAGUAUUACUGCAAUCAGCACAUAUUUACUCUUGAACAAGAAGAGUACAUGGCAGAAGGAAUCCCAUGGCACAAUAUUGACUACCCUGAUAACAUUGGCUGCAUCAGUCUCUUCAGCAAAAAACCUACUGGGCUGUUUUAUCUGCUGGAUGAGGAGAGCAAUUUUCCACAAGCCACAGAUAGCACUCUACUAGAGAAGUUUAAGCAGCAGCACCAGGACAACCCGUUCUUUGUGCAGACCCCAGUGCGGGAACCAGCUUUUGUUAUCCAGCAUUUUGCCGGCAAGGUCAAAUACCAGAUAAAGGACUUCAGAGAGAAGAACACAGACCACAUGAGGCCGGAUAUUGUUGCCUUGCUUCGUAGUAGUGAGUGCAGUUACCUCCGUCAGCUGAUCGGGGCUAAUCCAGUGGCUGUGUUCAGGUGGGGCAUCCUUAGGGCCACGAUACGCACGCUGGCUGUGUUUAACGAGGCCGGAAGAAGCUGGGCGCAAAAACAUCCAGAUCAGAUCAGGCGAUACUCCAGACGCUCUCUUGGGGAAAUGAGGAGACCCAGCACUCUGGUAGAGAGGCUAAAGAGCCAGAAGUCUUUGAUUGAGUUUUCUUUCGAUCGCUCUGAAGAGGGUCCACUCGAAGCAUUUGAGGACAUUUUUGCAUCUUUUGAAAAUAAGAAGGAAUUGCAUGCCAAAGUCCUCCAAUCCCUUAAGCAGUUUGGUGGUGAAGUUCCUCAAAAGUUGCGUCUAUCCACAAUUUCUGUGAGGAAGUCUCGUCUCUUUACUCAGAGGAGCAGGCCAAACAGACACAAGCAGCUAAUUCCUAAGAAUCUCAUAGAUUCACACUCUCUGAAGUUCAUUAUGGGCCUGACGCAGCACAACCGGGCGAACAGGUCCCUGCUUCAUCUGCACACCAAGAAAAAACCUCCAAGCAUCAGCGCUCAGUUCCAGGCAUCUUUAAGCAAGCUGUUGGAAACCCUGAGGAAAGCAGAACCGUUCUUUGUGCGCUGUAUCAGAUCAAAUGGUGAAAAGAGGGAAAUGCACUUUGAUGAUGCUCUAGUGCUUCAGCAGCUGAGGUACACAGGCAUGCUACAGACGGUUCGCAUAAGGAGGUCUGGAUAUGGAGCCAAAUUCACCUUCAAGGAGUUUACAGAUCAGUUCAGAGUGCUGCUGCCAAAGGAAAGAUCAACACCUCAACAGGAUAUCACUAACCUCCUGACCAAAAUGGGAUUACCCAGCUCUAGUUUUCAGAUUGGCCGAACCAAGGUGUUCUUGAAAGAGUCAGAAAGACAAAUACUUCAAGAAGCCCUUCAUAAAGAAGUGAUGAGGCGUAUCAUCAUCCUGCAACGAUGGUUUCGUGCCUGUUUGAUGAGGAAGCAAUAUCUGCGUAAAAGGGAAGGAAUUAUAACCUUACAGCGAUCGUGGCGUUAUUUGCGUGAGACCUACCGAUCCAGAGCAGCUAUUGUGAUCCAGACUGCAUGGCGAAGGUCCAAGGAGAGAGAGGAAUAUCUCAAGCGUCGAGAAAAACUCAAAGGGCAGACAUCUCAGACAGAGCUGGGCCAAGUAAACAAGACUGAAGCAAAGAGACCAAGUCAGCCAAAGCAAUUGCCUCAACUGCCUGAUGAAUCCCGCACACCAGAUCGAAAGAAGAAUGAGGAACUGAGGCCACAGUUAAACACGGAGACCAAACCAAAGGUCCCAAUACAGCCUGCUAGAAUCACAAAGCAACUCAGCAUCAGUGAGGACAAGCCCGUACAAGAUGAUAAAGGCAGGAUUGGGAAAAAGGAAAGACAGCCAUCUCCUGGGGGCCUCCCUCGGCCUGUGUCGCUUCCACUGAACAUGAGCCAAAGUGGUUCAGAUGAAACUCAAAAUGCUGUACAUCUACAACGCAACAACAGGACAACCAGGUUGAAGGAGAAGCCUGAGAAAUGGAAAGAGAGGAGUAGUGACGCAGCACAUACGGAGAACAGUGCUGAGAUACUACGAAUUCAAAGCACUCGAAAAUCGCAUUUACGGAAGUGUGGCAUUUCCCAGUCCCUGGAUAAUGUGUCCAGAGUAAGUUCUUCAGAGUCAGACAGCUCAGCCUCAUCAUCCAGAAAUGAGGUUAUGGUUCGCAACCAUAAGCGUCUCAGACACAAGCGCCGGCUAGCACGUCCCCGCAGCGGACUGAAGUUGGAUCAGUCGGAUUUAAGCGAUACGGAGUACUGGAGUUUUCCCCUUCCUCCCAUAACCCCCACCACUCCCAACCAGUCCGGUAUCAGCUUGGUACCGCAGAUUGUGAUCCAGUCACCUACAGAAGCUGAUGGGUGCAUGAUUUCCACAAGGAGGGCAAGUGAUGUUGUAAUUGCACCGCCCAGUACACCAGAAAGGCGGGGGUUAUUUAAAAUUUUUAAGAAGCGAACACCCCAGGAUGGGAAUAUAACUAUGGCGAAGACAUUGGGAGAAAAAGAAGAGCUAGUCAGUGGCUCUCAGUCCCAUUCUUCACGUGUCAAGAACUCAGCCACUUUUCCUGGACCCCGUCGCAACCCCACCAUUAAAAUCAGCCGAGCCACUCGUGUCCAGGAGAAGUGGAAUGCUUCCCUGGACAGAGAGAUUACUGACAGUAAUGAGCUUCGCCAUUUGGAUGAGUUCUUGGGAAAUCAGAUGAACGAUCUAAGCACCCGCACAAAGGCACUCUCAGAUACUGAGAAAAUCUACUUUGAAGCCACCACGCAGUUCAGAGACACCAUCAAAAGCAUGUACUCCAUAUCAAAUCACAAUAUUGGCUAUAAGGACCUGAUGUCAGGUUACCAGACAAGGGUAACCUCUCUCGCAGGGGUGAAGAAGGCGUCUGAGGUGCCGCUGGUGGUAAAUCUUUUUCAGUCAGUUCUGGAUGGAUUUAUCAGAGGGGAGCUCAAACGACUGGAGAUGGAGCCUUGUAAGGCUAAAGAGAGGAAUAGAAGAAAAUCUAAACGAGAUAAAUGUCCUGACAGCCCACUGGGUCACUUAUUUAGCACAUACCAGGUGACCAUUAUGCAAACAUGUGACCAGUGCAACUCAUACAUAUGGGGAAUGGAAAAGGCCUAUAUGUGCAGCUCUUGUAAAAUGGUGUGUCAUAAGAAGUGUCUGAGCAAGAUAACUGUAAAUUGCACAGGUCACUGUGACAAGAAGAAGGAGGGUGAGCAGACUCUCCACUUUGGCGUACCUGUCUGCGUCCUGGUCCGCCAAGCUGACUCUGUACCAUUUGUCAUGGAGAAGAUGCUGGUACAUGUUGAAAUGAAUGGACUGUACACAGAGGGCAUCUACCGCAAGUCUGGCUCAGCCUGCCGAGCCAAAGAGCUUCACCACUUGUUAGAGAAAGAUCCGCAGAGUGUCAGUCUUGACAAUUACCCUAUCCACACAAUCACUGGUCUGGUCAAACAGUGGUUAAGGGAGCUACCCGACCCACUUAUGACAUACAGCCUCUACAAUGAUUUUGUGUAUGCUGCGGAUCUGCCAGAAGCAUCUGAGCGCUUGCGUGCUAUUUACCGAAAGUUGGAUGAAUUACCUCCCUCAAACUUCUCUACUCUUGAAAGGCUUAUUUUUCAUCUUGUGAAAGUGCUAAAAGAGGAAGCUCACAAUCGAAUGUCAGCUAACGCUCUGGCGAUCGUGUUUGCGCCCUGCAUUCUACGCUGCCCAGAUUCUUCUGACCCUCUUCUCAGUAUGAAAGACAUAAACAAAACCACUCUUUGUGUGGAGAUUCUGAUUAAUGAGCAAACAAGGCGCUAUAAUCAGAAAAUGGGAGAAAUUCAGGAGUUGGAAAACGCAGAAGCUAUGGCCAUUAAACAGCUCAAACUCAGAAGGCAGAACACGAUAUUUGAGCGGCCAAAAUAUGAUUCAGAUACCUUCUCCUUGGACAGAGACGAACUUGAAAUCGAAAAGAACCUGAUUGAGAGAAUCAAGUCCCUUAAGAAGGAAAAGAACGAUUUGGCUUUCAGACUGCCUGAGUUUGACCAGGACAGCUCUGAUGCUGAGAACAUGGACUCUGAAUCUUUAGUCAGCUCUGAGAGUCUACUAGAAGACCAUUUUGUGAGUUUGGACUCGGAAGCAAACAUUGCCUUGAACAGCUCCAAGCCAGAGAAACCUGCUAAACCUCCUGAUCCAACACAUGAUCCCAAAACAGGGAGCAAACAGCCUGCUGAGGAACGGAACCAAAGCCGCUCCGCCUCCCGCCGAGAUGGAGUCCAGUCCAUGUGUGUCAUCCAGAGCCAAGAUGUCCCAGAAUCCCUCGCCUCCUCCAUUUCUGCAGGCAAUCAGGGCAAGAGACGAUUUUCAGAACUUGACAUUCCUUUUAUAGAUGAGGAUGAGUGACAUCAAGUUACACCGGAAAUAAUAUUCUGGGAUCCUGGUAUCCCAUUUCUGACCAUAUCAACACUCACUUUGUUUUGAGGAAUAAAUCAGAUUCUGGGUUCAUGCAUGCUGUCUUAAACCAUGUUGUCCUGUUGUGUUAAAAGAAUAUUUGUAAAACAAAAUGAUUUUUUUUUUUUUUAAACAUAAAGCCAUAAUUAUUUCAUUUUGCCAAGACUGUUUAAGCAUUCUUUAUAAUCUUGGCAACAUUUUGGUAGUUUAAAAUAUUUUAUUCAUUCUUUUUUUCUUUGUCAAAUGCAACUUCUUGUAUCGACCAUAUUGGAGUUACGUAGGCCUGUAUUAUGAUUAUUUUUAUAGGCACAUGUUUGAGAAGUCAUAGUCCUUUAUUCUUCUUGCAAACAAAGAACUGUAGAGAACUGUUCUCUUAAUUAAUGCAUUAUUCUAUCAGUUGUUUUCUGUGAAAUUAUUGUAUGUGGUGUAAAUAGUUGUAAAAACCAGUGCUUCCUUAAAGAAAUCAAAUCUGA